UCUCUCUCUCUCUCUCUUUUCUCUCUCACAAAAAGCUUUUUCUAUCUUCUUUUGUCUUCGUGUUCAUUUCUUUGUAUAAUUUGUUUCUUGUUAUUAUCAGAAUUAAUUAUAUCUCCUUUUUUUUAUUCACGCUUAGCCUUUUCCUCAAGGAAUACUUCCUGAUCCGGCUAUAUAUUACAAUUUAAGCUUUGAAAUAUUAUGUCAAUGGAUUUGAUGGCAUCCGAACGUGUUUGUUAUGUUCACUGCAACUUCUGCAACACCAUUUUAGCGGUGAGUGUUCCAUGCAACAGCUUACAGAACGUGGUGACGGUGAGAUGUGGGCAUUGUGCCAAUCUGCUGUCAGUUAAUAUGGGAGCUUCCCUUCAGUCGAAUGCUCUUGCUCCUCAAGAUCCCCAGCUACAGAAGAUGCACCUGAGCUCUGAGGAUUCAAAUAAGAGCUGCGGAUCUUCAUCAUCUUCCAAAUGCAGCAAGUUUGGUCAUCCCUUUGAGUCUGUAGAGCUUCAUGACCAACCUAGAAUCUCUCCCAUCCGCCCACCCGAGAAGAGACAACGGGUUCCUUCAGCAUAUAACAGGUUUAUCAAGGAAGAAAUUCAAAGGAUUAAAGCUAGUAAUCCUGACAUUAGCCAUAGGGAAGCUUUUAGCACUGCAGCUAAAAAUUGGGCACAUUUUCCUCACAUUCACUUUGGUUUAAAGCUGGAUGGCAGCAAGCAACCGAAGCCGGAUCAGACUUUUGCAGGAGGAGAUCAGGGAACUCAAAAGUCUAGCGGAUUCUACUAAAACAAACUGGUAAAUAUCCCCCGUGAGAAAGAAGCAACCUGGUUUUUCUAUAUAUGUGUGUGUGUGAUGCAAAGAAAUAUUGAGGUUGAUGAAGUCUCCUAACCCUAUAGCUAGGGAACCUCUUUAGAACCUCACCCUUUCAAAUUGCUAUAUAUAUGUGUUCCAUUGAUUUCCCUAACUAUCAAGAAUUCUUGUCAUUACAUUCAUGUUGGACUUUAUUUAAUCUUUUAAGUAAACAGAUAAAGCAGAUCAAUCUCUCUCUC